UGCUGUUGCAAUGGCGUUUGCUGCGACAGCACUUUCCGGCAGCAGGGAAAUCGAGGAGAAAGCAGCGACAAACGUCGCCAGCGGAUACGUGAUCGCCUCAGAAUCCUUGGAUUUAUGCGAUAUUCGGUGAACUAGCUUGUAUAUUGAUUGUAUAUCCCUUCGCCUUGUGGAUGAGCUUGUGUUCAACGUUUUCCAAGCGUGAAUCUCCACCUUAAUGCGGUGGGAUGGCCACAGUGCCGCCUGGGCCUAGUAGCGCACUGCCUUCAUCCCCGGCUGAAAUUCCUCCUUUCCCCGGGGCUGGGAGCGCGGAGCCGGCGGUGGAAGACGGAGAGCCGGCUUGUCACAGGGAGGACUGUGUAACCGCCGGUACAGGGAAGACGUCGGAGCCGGUAAGCGAAGUCAAUAGGUCGGUUAACAAGAAGCAAAAAAACAUGCUAGCGCGAGCUAGCCCGGCGGCGCUGCACCUCAAAAUGCAAGCCCGAGAGCAGCAGCUAAAUGGCUUGGCCUGCCCCUUAGAGGACGCUGACAGCCACCAACACACAGGAAACCGGCCUGACAAUCCGAGACCGUCCGUGGACAACUGUGACAGCAGUAGCAGCAGCAAUGAGGAGGCUCCAGCCGCUAGACACAAUAGUGAGCAUUGCCAACAUGAAGGCCACAGCCCCUUCUCCAAAAACGGCAGUCACUCUCCCCUAGUUAACAAUAGCAUGAACGGGAUGCCGGGUUUUACGAGAACUGAGGCGGCCUACAGCCACCCCAGGGACGAAGGGAAAGAGGGGUUUGACCUCACGGAGCCACCGAGACCGCCCAGCAUCGAGCCGCCGGAUGCCGGGCCCGGCGGAGAGGAGAGCCUCGCUGACCCGCAGCAGCCGCCCGCCGCGGAGCUAGCCCGGCUCGACCUGAGCAGCUCUCCCGGCCGAGCGGAAGAGGACAGCCACGGCAUUCGCUAUGUCCGCUAUGAGUCCGAGCUCCAAAUGCCGUGGAUCAUGAGACUGAUCACCAAGGACUUGUCUGAGCCUUAUUCAAUUUACACCUACAGGUACUUCAUCCACAACUGGCCGCAGCUCUGCUUUCUGGCCAUGGUGGAGCAGGAGUGUGUCGGAGCCAUCGUAUGUAAGCUUGACAUGCACAAGAAGAUGUUCCGUCGUGGCUACAUCGCCAUGCUGGCCGUGGACUCAAAACACAGAAGGAAAAGCAUCGGUACUAAUCUGGUGAAGAAGGCCAUCUAUGCCAUGGUGGAGGGUGACUGUGAUGAGAUUUCACACCCUCCAGAAAAAGGUCACUCAAGAGUAAUGGCGUUCCAGGAGGUAUGGGCAAAGAGCGUGUGUCGCCCCAUGGAGCAGUUAGUGGAUGUUGAGCAGGAGUACCCUGGAGAAGUGGAGUACAUCUACAUGCCUGCUUGUGUCCCACUUUCCCGCUGCUCUGGUUGCUGUGGGGAUGAGAACCUGGAGUGCCAGGCUACCCUUGAACGCAACAUCACUCUGCAGGUGAUAAGGAUUCAUCCCAUGAUAUCUAUGCACCACGUGGAACUCACAUUUGUGGAGCAUCAGAGAUGUGAAUGCAGAGCCCGUCAGAAACUUCUGAAUGACAAAAGCGGUGAGUCUAUCAGGAACAGACCUCGGAGAAGGAAACACAAGAAGACGGCAAACGGCUGUGGAAAGUGCCAGUUCCCUCAAAACAAGAUAAAUCUUCACUGAUUCAUGACUCUGUCCAUAGUUUAAUUUGGAGGAGUGACUUUGAAGUGGCAAAUAACAGCUCAUCUGUGAAUUGAUCAACUCUGAUUACUAAUCUUCUGUCAAUAUAUCUUUCCUCAUCCAGUGCAUCCAUCAGAUAUCCUACCUUGUCCAUGACAUUCUUUUCUUUUUUAAUUAUCAAAGCAAACAACCAUAUCUGCAAACUCCUUUGCCUCUAACUGCUGUUUUUAGCAGACCAUAAUCAGUGUCAAUUUCUUUUUCUUUUUUUUGUGGAUUAAAAAUAUAAAUAAUAUAAAAUAAUAAUAUAUAUAGACAGGAUACAACAGAUUCCUAAUGGGUGGAAUGCUGUAAACUUAUCAGUGGUCAGAGAAGGAUUAAGGUCUCCAUCCACCCUCAAUUGUUCACUGAUUAAUGGCAACGUUCACAGAGAGGCCAGAAACCUUCUCCAUGACUUAAUGUUCAUUGUAAUUUAGCAGAGCAACUCCUGUUAUAAUUGUUGUGAAACUGAAAAAGACAUCAUGUAUGUGACUUUCUAUAUUAUGUAAAGUGUUAUUUACUAAUUAUGGGACAUAAUGUGUUUAUGAGUUUAUUAAAUACAAUGCAGUUCAAAUACAAGGGGCUUCUGUGAUGCAUUUUGUAAACCAUAGUAUGUGUAACAUGUUAGGACACUGAGAGGUCUUUCUCUGACGUACAUACCGUUAACUACUGAUUUGUAUUGCAUUCACAGCCUUUCAGAGACAUGAGAUGAUAGAGGUGCACUUGAAUUUAACAAAGCUUCCUAAAUUGGUUUUUCACAUAUGGAGGAUCAGGCUUGCUAUUGACAAAAAGUCAGCAAUCAUUAAAUGAUAUGACUAAAUAAAUCACAGACAGAACCCUGUAUAGGUAUAGUUGGCUUUAUAGAUUUCAAAUGAGU